GCAGUAUGACACGAAUUAAUUGUAACGCAAUGUAUUUCUCGUAAAAUGAACGAGUACUAAACAUGAGGAUGCACCUUAGCAGGCGCAAAAUCGACAGUGACAAGUGACGUUUCUACUCGUACACGUGCGCAGAAGUUAAUUAAUGGAUUAAACGUGAUGAAGAUGCAAUACGUUCUGAUGUGUUAUAAGAAAAAUCAAAUUUUUAAUAUGUACAAAUAAAGAAAAAAAGUCAUCACAUAACAACACGUUCAUUCGUAUUAGCUAUAAUCGGCAUAAAGAAAUUUACGAAUGCAAGUUAAGAUUUUCGAAAGAAAUCGGGAUCGUAAACAAGAAGAAAAUGAGUUCUAGCGAAUAUAAGGGUAGCGAGAAUGAAGAUAUCGAAAAUUCAGAUGAAAGUGAUAGGCCAUCAGGCGAGAGAUGGGCGCCUGUUGGAGCAAAUGAUGGUGAUAAUGACUUUGCCGAUGAAUAUAAAUAUGUUGAUAACAUGGAGAACUUAUCAUAUGAUAUGGAGAGGCUAAAAGUGCUUGAGGAAGAACAGGAGAUGUUAAAUUCAUCUCUUAUAGCAUUGACUACCCACUUUGCUCAGGUUCAAUUUCGUUUAAGACAAAUUGUGGAUGCACCUGCAAAUGAAAAAGAAACGUUGCUCAAAGAGUUAGAAGAGUUUGCUUUUAGAGGAAUACCAGAUGUUCCAAAUAACUUAUCACUUGAUAGUAGAUCAAUCACACCAACUUCUCCAAUGUCCUGCAAGCAAAGCAUAUCUGGUGUAAUAAAUGAUGUUGAUGUUGAAUCUAAAAUGGCAUUACAAAGAACAAAACAAAAAGAAUUAAUAUGUCAACUAAAAUCUCAGUUAGAAGACUUAGAAAAAUAUGCUUAUGAAACUGGUAAUGCAGAUUUACCACAAAGUAUGAUAUUAGAGAGGCAGAGUAUUAUAAUCAACCAUCUAAAAGAAAAGUUAAAUUUCAAUGUUGAUGAUCUUUGUAAAUUACCAGUUGAUGACUUAAGAUGGCAAGUAGAUUAUGCUAUAAGUCAGAUUGUCAGCCCUUUGAAAAUGAAGGAGCAAUUAGUAUCUCAAUUAAAAACACAAAUUGCAGAUUUAGAGCGUUUUAUAAAUUAUCUUCAAGGAGAAGUCAAUACAGAAACUUUAGCUUGCACCUGUGCAUGUCCAGUACAUACCAGUGGUUCUGCUGGUUCUACUUCAUAUGCUAAGAAAUCGUUUAACAGAAAAACAGAGGAGGAAAGUAGAACAAAGACUCUGAAUACUGUUAAGAAAGUUGUAGCCCUGUUGCAUAUGUUUAUAGUGUCUCAAUUAGGAUGUGGUAGUGAAAGAGUUCGAAGAAAUUUUAAGAAAAAUUCUGUACAUAAUUGGCGCGAUUUAAGAACAAGAUUAGAUUUUGCAGUUGAACAUGUUAUAGAGACCAUUGCCGAAACUGAACGUCACCCGGAAGAUGACGAUAUCGCUAAUGAAAACGAUUACGCCUCGGAUUCAGAUUCUAUGUCACAUUGCAAUGCCAGAGUAACAUCCGCUGUAAGGAAGCAUCUAGCAACUUCCAUACGUGAUUUAAUACAACACGGUUUAAUGUCUGAUGCACGUUCUAACAGUGUAGUACCAUUUGUGGGAUGUUUUCCCCAAAGAAACUCUUCUGCUUCUAAUUUAAUGCAUGCAUGGGAAUUAGUAUUAAAGUAUUAUGAAAUUAAAAACGGCCAUCGUUACAAUUCCAGUCCGGCACAAAAAUUAUCCCAAAGUUUUAAUCUUGAUUUAGCAGGUGGAAGAGUUGUUUCUUCUAAACAGAGUUUACUAACAACAAUUGGGAAUAUCAUUGCAUCACAUAAUCCAUACAAAAGGAGUUAUGAUUCUCAUUUUAAGGCAUUUAUAUGUGCAUCCCUUAAUGCUAACAAACUUGUCGUUUGGUUAAAACUUAUUUUGCAAUGUCAAUAUCUUCUUGAAAAUCAUUAUACCUCGUGGAGUUAUGUUGUAAAAACAGGUUUUCAAGAUGCAUUUCACACUCUUGAUCGUCUUACAAAUUAUAAAUUUGAUCUACCAGUUGAUCUAGCGGUAAGACAAUUUCAGAAUAUAAAAGACGCAUUUUGAUUGCGAAGAAUGUCAAUGAUCAUAUUUACAAGAGUAUGGAGGUACUUAUUUUAGCAAAUCAAAGACGAGAUACUAAAUACUGCAAUUAGAUAGAUAACAAACAGUAUGUUUUAACUUUAUAUAAAGUUAUGACGAUAUGAUGGUAUAUCACUUUUUAUAAUUUUCUAGUUUUAUUUUGUCAAGAACAUUCCUUUGUCAUUUUCGAGUAUUUAUUAUUAAAUAAGUUUUAUCAUGCAAUAACGUAGCUGUAAUGACUUAAAAUGUCAGUAUUUUAAAUUUAAAUUUUUCAAAUUUGUGUUCUUAAUUAGUUUAUUUUGAAAAUAUAAAACAUUGUAGUAUAAGCAGUAAAAAUGAUCAUAUGUUGCACAUGAAAAUGUCAAUGAUGAUCUUAUGAUAUAUAAAGUGCAGUACAGGUAAUAAUGUAAUGCUGCCCGACAUAAUAUGGACUGAAAUAUAUACAUUAUCUAAUUAUUUUGAACUACAUUUUUUAACAUUACGCGUUCUCGAUAGAUUAAUAAAUUUAAAAUGCUAGAAUUUUUAUUUACACCAGUUAAAAAGUAAUCUUGCAUAAAUUGAAACCAGGUUUAUAAAAUUAAAAAAUGUGGUUUUUACUGUAAUUAAACUUAAGAUCUUAAUACUAAAUUGUAUCAGAAGGGUAGAAGAAGUCAUGUUACUUCGUAUGAAGAAUUAAUAUUUGUCAAAAACCAAAGAAUAAACCAAAGUUGUUUUUAGUAUUCCAUAAUACUUACUUCUCUAGUUUUUAAUUUUAGUAUCACUUUACACAAUUGCAGUUGAUAGAUAUAUAAUUUUAUGGUAACGUAUCACUGAAACAGUAACUAAAUCUAAUAACAAUGUACUUUGAUGUUACAAUAUAUUAUCAAUAUGUUUGUAUUUUAUAGAUUUUUAUAAUUGAUUUGUAUAGUGUACAUGUUUAGUUAAUCAUAAGAAAAGUUAUUUCUUUUUAUUGAAUAGCUAGUUGAAAAAAGGAAUAUCAGAUAUUUUGUUCUUCUAUAAAGCAACAAAUUAUUAUUCCUAAUUUUAUGAACAUUAUUCCAUGUGAAAAACGUAUAGAUUUCGAAACAUCUUAUUAGAACAUAUGGAUUAUUUUCAAAUAAUAGUAUACUAGAUAUACAUAUCUGCAAUGCAGAUAUACAUGACUAUUAUAUCGCCUACAUAAGAUAUUUCAUGUGUAAGGUAGCUUUAAGAAUGUUAACUGUAUAAUACAAUAUAAAUAUCUGCUUUUUAUAUACAUAA